UACACAGGAGACGAACAGAUCCGGAAUUUAUUCACUCAAACUAAAUGUUAUGAGCUGAAACAGUAAUGGCACUGAAACUUGUGCUUGAAACAAAUAUCUUAUAAUAAUACUGUGAUACUUUUUGAAGCGACAUGAUUUUAGAGAAAUAUUGUGGCCAUUUGCUUUGGGACAAAAAACUUGCUUGGGACACUUCAAGUCCUAUUUUGUCGCCAUGUUUCAGUGAAACGCUGCUUCUUUGGUUCCCAUCUUUUGCCUUCUUCUUUGCUGUUCCUUUUGUUAUUUUAUCAUCAACUAAAUCAUCAAAACUGCAACUUGAAUGGACUUUUAAAUUAGUCUUUAAAUUAAUUCUGUCUCUCACUUUAAUAAUCUCAAACAUUUAUGAGCUCAUUUCUGUCGGAAUACAAAGUCGUCACACUAAACAGACUUAUCCAUACCAAUACUGUUCACCGUUGAUAAAGUUAGUUUCAUUUACAACAGCAACUUAUUUAUUGCUAUUAUGCAAAAGGAAGGGGAUUCAAAGCUCUGGACUACUGUUCAUCUUUUGGAUGUCAAUGGUUAUCCAGUCCAGCAUCAAUUAUUGGACAGUAAUUGCAACUCUCCUAAGUUUGGUACCCUUGCCAUGGACUUAUGGACAAGCUGAUUUUACCCUUAAAACAUUGCAAAUAGUUUUAAUUCUGUCCAUUUAUCUACUUAACUGGUCCUCCGAUUCACUGAAUACAAAUUGCUUGCACAUUAAGUCAAUGUCUCCUUAUGCAUCAAGCUCAUUUUUAUCCCGAAUAACGUUUCAUUGGUACAAUUCAAUGGCCUAUUUGGGUUACCGUAAAACACUUGAAUCAAAAGAUGUCUGGAGUAUUCCAGAACAAUAUGAGACUUCAAAUUUAGAGGCUACUUUUGAUAAUCUAUUGGCAAGAGGUCAGUCAAUUGCAAUCAAAAGUAAGGAAGGACAAAAGCAACAGACUCAAACAACUGGUCUAAAGUAUAACUUAUUUGGCGAGUUCGUCAAAAAAUUUUGGCCAUGGCUGUUCCUCUGUACAUUUUUCAAAUUAAUUGCAAGUCUCUCAGCGAUAGCAAGUCCACAAAUACUUGACUUCAUGUUAACAUUCAUUUCGUCUGAUGAUCCAACUUGGAAAGGAAUUAUUCUUGUAAAAGCAUUAAUAAUAUCAGCCAUACUUCAAUCAAUCUUUGAUUCUCAAUAUGAAUUUUGGAUUCAAGUAACAUCAAUCAAGAUCAGAUCGGCUCUUAUUUCCGUUAUUUAUCGUAAGAGCUUGUUACUUUCUGGAGAAGCUAAGCGCAACUACAAAACAGGACAGAUCGUUAACUUAAUGGCCGUUGAUGUGCAGCACAUAGUUGAUUGUGUCAAUAUGGUUAAUAUCAUUUGGAUUAUUCCGAUACAAUUAACUAUAGCUAAUUUACUUCUUUGGAAACAAUUAGGAGUAGCAACUGUUUCAGGAAUAAUCUGUAUGUUGAUUUUGAUUCCAUUGAAUUUAUUAGUUACGAAUAUUAUCAAGAAAAUUCAGGCUAAAAUAAUGUCUGAAAAGGACCAACGUGCCAAGUUAAUGUCCGAAAUUCUUAAUGGAAUGAAAGUUCUCAAGCUUUAUGCAUGGGAAAAGGUUUUUGCAGAUUUGAUUGUUAUGAUUAGAUCGAGAGAAAUCAAGAAUCUAAAGAGACAAGCUAUUUGGUCUGGAAUUCCUGUAUUUCUGUUCCUUUGUUUCCCGUUCAUUAUUCUUACAGUGAAUCUCGCGACGUUUACUCUAAUUGACUCAAAUAACAUUCUCACUGCAAACAAAGCAUUUGUAUCACUUUCCUUACUCAACAUUUUAAGGCAUCCGAUGGGAAUGUUACCAAUGGUUGUAUCGCAUAUUGCAAAUUUUAUUAUAUCAAUAAAACGAAUAAACGCAUUUCUAAAAUGUGAAGAACUCGAUUCCCAAACGAUUAAACACGAUACAAAUGAAGAAACGCCGAUAACUGUUAAAGAUGCAACUUUCUGUUGGUCGACUCAAGAUGAACCCGUUUUGCAUUCAAUCAACUUGUCGGUUGGCAAAGCAAAGUUAAUUGCCAUCGUUGGACCCAUAGGUAGUGGCAAAUCAUCAUUACUGGCCUCUCUUUUAGGUGAUCUACACAAGGUUAGUGGAUCUGUAAAUGUUUACGGUAAAGUUGGUUAUGUUCCUCAACUCGCAUGGAUUCAAAAUACGACUCUUCGAGACAACAUCAUCUUCGGACAGCCUUAUUGUAAAGCAAAGUUUGACCAAAUCUUGGACGCCUGUGCUCUUCGUCCAGACUUGGCCAUUCUUCCUGCAGAUGAUCUGACCGAGAUCGGAGAAAGAGGUGUUAAUUUGAGUGGAGGUCAAAAGCAGCGGAUCAGCUUUGCUAGAGCUGUUUAUGCAAAUUGUGAUGUAGUUUUGCUGGAUGAUCCAUUAUCAGCAGUUGAUGUUCAUGUCGCAUCUCAUUUAUUCAACCAAGUUAUCGGUCCUAAUGGUUUGUUGAAGGAUAAAACGAGGCUUUUGGUAACUCAUAGACUUUCCUUUUUACCUCAAGUUGAUCAGAUAAUUGUGCUUAAAGGUGGUAAAAUCAGUGAAAUGGGAACUUAUAAUGAAUUGUUGAAACAAAAAGGCGAAUUUUCACAACUUGUUCUCAAUUAUUUAGUCAAUGAUGAUUUCAAUUGUGGAAAUUUAAGUGAAGACUUUGACGAUAAUAUAAAUAAGACAAUGUAUCUGAAUGAGCCUCGAGUUGAUUCAAGUAUUUCUCAGAUCGCUCUCGAUUACGAUCGAAUAUCGCAAGAUUCUUGCGAAUAUCAUAUCGCUAACUGUUUCACAAACAGAAAUGAGUUUGAAAACAACAAAAUGGCUCCCCAAUUUGGAAAUAAACUUGAGAUUGAUUCAAUUAAUCGAUUAAAACAAGUUAUUAAAAAUUUGGAUUCUAAAGAUUUACUCAAAGUACCAGGUCAGUUGAUAGAGAAGGAACAGGCUGAGAUCGGUGGAGUUAAAUGGCGAGUUUACUUGAACUAUUUUAAAACUGUUGGAUUCGGAUUGAUUUCUUGCUCAGUUGGACUUUUCAUCGCUUCAAAUGGAUGUAAUCUUGGUGCCAAUUUAUGGCUAUCGAAAUGGUCCGAAGAUUAUUUAGAUUCUUCAAAGGCUAACGAUACUUCAAUGAGACUCAGUAGAUUGGGUGUCUAUUCAGCAUUAGGUGCUCUUGAUUCCAUUUUUUUCAUUACCAAUGCAAUAAUUUUAAACUUUGCUAUUCUUAAUGGAGCCGUUAAGAUUCAUAAACGAAUGCUACAGAAUAUCAUUCAAUCGCCAAUGGCCUUUUUCGAUACAACACCAAUGGGUAGAGUAUUAAAUCGUUUUACAAUGGAUAUUGAUGUCGCUGAUUAUCGAAUUUCUAUGAGUGUAAGAUUCGUUUUCAAUAACAUGAUAUCAUCAUUAACUUCCAUCAUUGGCAUUGUCAUUGAAAAUGGUUAUGUGAUUAUUGUGAUAGCCAUAGUUUUCUGUGUCUAUCUCAUUCUUCAAAAAUUUUAUCUUGCUUCAUCCAGGCAAUUGAAGCGAAUUCAAUCGAUAACAAGAUCACCGGUUUAUGCUCAUUUUAGUGAAACAAUUACUGGAACAACAUUGAUUCGUACUUAUGGAAUGAACGAUAAGUUUAUCGAGCAAUGUUACCAGAAAGUGGACAUCAAUAAUUCUUGCGUCUUUCUCAACGCUGCCGCCAUCAGAUGGCUUGCAAUCAGACUUGACUUUUUGGGACAAAUAGUUGUUGCUGCUGUUGCUAUUUUUGCUGUUUUAUCUCGUAAUACAACCAACCAAGGUACAAAUGGAUUAGCGCUGAGUUAUGCCUUGUUAAUAACUCAAGCUCUCAACUAUAUGAGUUUUGCCUUUUCGUUGUUGGAAAUCGAUAUGAUUUCGAUCGAAAGGUGCUUAGAGUAUACGGAACUAGAAUCAGAGGCGGACUGGAUAAAUUACACUAAUCGCCCAUCAGACUUUUGGCCUCAUAAAGGUGAAAUCGUUUUCAAAGACUAUUCAACUCGUUAUCGACCCGGACUCGAUAAAAUUUUAAAUAACAUCAACUUGAAAAUAAAAGCAACUGAAAAGGUCGGGAUUGUUGGACGAACUGGAGCCGGAAAAUCAUCUUUAACUUUAGGUCUUUUCAGAUUGAUUGAGCCCUGUACUGGAAUGAUAUCCAUUGAUGGACAAGACAUUUGCACAGUUGGUUUACAUGACUUGAGAUCCAAGUUAACUGUUAUUCCUCAAGAUCUUGUCUUGUUUUCUGCCUCAUUUCGAACUAAUCUAGAUCCAUUCAAUAGACAUUCAGAUUCUGAGAUUUGGAAAGUACUAGAGCAAACACAAUUGAGACAGUUUGUCAAUUCGCAUCCUUCAGGUUUAGAUUAUAUUGUUGCUGAAGGAGGUGAAAAUUUGAGUAUCGGCCAGAGACAAUUAUUUUGUCUUGCUCGAGCUCUACUUCGCCGGUCUAAGAUUUUGGUCCUUGAUGAGGCUACAGCUGCUGUUGACAUCGAAACUGAUAAAAUGAUUCAAUCAACCAUUCGUCGCGAAUUUGCAGACUGUACAAUAAUAACCAUUGCUCAUCGAUUGAACACAAUAAUGGAUUACGACAAAAUCAUUGUUUUGAGUGAAGGCAAACUAAUUGAAUAUGAUUCACCUGCUAAUCUUUUGGCUGAUGUUGACUCUAAAUUUUAUUCAAUGGUCCAAGAAGCUCAACUUUUGUAAUUGCCAAGAAGUUUAUGUAAUCAUCGAUUUCAGCUAAUGACUUCAAUGAAGCGAAAUCCAUCACUGCAUUCACUCAAAAGUAAAAAUCAAGCCGAGAAUUGAAUAUUGUUCUCAUACUACAUGCAUUUACAUUGUUAGACAUUUAUCUCUAUCCGAUUUAAAAAAUAUUUAAGAAUCCUUACAAAAAUUACAAGAAAUAUAAUUUAAUUGAAAUUAAUAACUUUAAAUUCAUUCAAUCAUUUCUUUACAAAAUCAAUUUCUUGAGCUGAUCAUAAUGAGGAUGAAUAUGAGAUAUGAAUAUAUUGAAAUAAUUUACAAGUUAUCAGAAGCACCGAAAGAAUUAGUUUCAUCUCUACCGUUUGAACCCUCCAAGUCCAUGGCUUCCAAAGUCAAAGCUUGAAUGUCCAAGUCCACCAUGACCGUGGCUAGAGUGGCCACAUCCCCAACCUCCCAUCAUGACUGGAUAAGGAAUGUAACCAUGGCCUUGAUUCUGUCCUCCCAAGAUGAUAAUUGAUCCACCUUUUCCUCCUCGAUUGGCCUCAACAUUGGCUAAACAAAUGUAAAUCAAGAAUUAAAUUAUGGUUUAAACAUGAAA